AUGCAAACACUACUAGUACAACAAAAAAUGAGCACUCUGGACGAAGAAGGAAGAUUGAGACAGUUUGAUAUACGUGAAGAUCCUGAACAGAAAGCUAAAUGCGAUCAGACAAUGGAAUUGCUGUUAGCCGCUGGCUAUUUUCGUGUGCGGAUCAAAGGCUUGUCUGAAUUUGAUAAAGUGGUCGGCGGUCUUGCCUGGAGCAUUCAAGCUUGUAAUUUCACUGUUGAUAUAGAUGUUCUUUAUCAAGAGAAUGCGAGUCUUGGACAAAAAAUAGCAUUGACAGAACGUAUCGUUCUAGUUUUAUCUCGCAUGAAAUGUCCACAUGCAAUCGAACCUCAUCAGAUACAAGGCGGAGAUUUUAUUCAUAUAUUUCCAGUUGUCCAAUGGCUCGUUAAACGAGUCUUUGAUCGACGUGCAGAAAUCGGUGAUUUCAAUCGAGCUUACGCGUUAAGUCAAUAUGAAAAGCAAUUCGGUGAAGUAAAAGUUCAACAGCAACAGCCAUCAUCAUUUACACACAAUAUUGAAUCAAUCCGAAUUCGUCAUCGACCGAAACGUCGUUAUCGAUGUUUGGAUAAGAAGCCAAAACGUUUAACGAGCCUUGAUGAACGCCAUAAGUGUAUUCAUUCUACGCUUGUCGAAUUCGGUCAGAUACAUCAAUUACUUCCAUCUUCGGACGAAAAGGAUAAACCUCAGCAAGACAUGGCUGCACUUAUCAAAAACAUGGUCGAUGAAAAAUCGAAAAUUCCCACUCAAAUUGUACACACAUUAGUCAAUCAACAACAAGAUACUUUGCGUGAAAUUAUCGAAGAUUUUGAAGAAAAAGAGAAACAACGUCUGCAAGAAGCACUUCUAUCUGAAAGUGGUCAACAGCAAUUAGCUAUUCGUACAUAUAAAAUACAGCUAAGUAAACAAAGUGAAAGAAUGCACACAUUGCAAAUUGAAAUUGAACGAGCAAAAAAAGAGAAAGAAGAAAAAAAAUAUCAAGCUUUGGAAAUUAAACAGCAACAUGAACAAUUAAAUGAAGAACUUGAACAAAUUGCAGUUCAGACAACAGAAAUCGAUCCUGAAUCGUUGAAACGCGUAGAAGUCUUAGUAGAUGAAUACGAAACAGUUAAAAAACAAGAAAGUGAACGACGCGCAAUGUAUAAAAAUGAGAAGAAUCAAUUGGAACAAGAAAUUGAACAACUAGAAACGCGUUUACAAACACCAGAAGACACAGACACAGCCGAAACUGAAAAAUUCGCACAAAUCGAAGAGCAACAUAAAUUAAUAUCUGAUCGAUUGCAAAAGCAACGAAUUGUUCUAGCCAAAAAGAAUCGUGAGAUAUCCGCCAUUAGUCGUCAAAUCGAUGAUAUUCCAACUCCAAUCGAGUUAGCACAAUACCGUCAAGCAUUUUUUCACUUAUACAAUCAAAGUGCCGUUCUCUAUCGGCAAACCAAACAAAAUUAUACAUUAUACAACACAUUUACCGAUAUGAUCGAUUACAUGACAAAGGAAAUUACGCUGAUUGAGUCGAUUUACCAAGGUUAUCCAUUAGCGAUCCAAUCUCAGACAGGCAAAGAACAUUUUCUUAAACAAUUAGAAGGUAUUGUCGAAAGUGUUCGUCAUAAUCGUAUCAAAAUCGAUCGACGUCAGCAAGAAGAAAAGUUCAAACGUGAUGGUUUAAAUGUUCAAUUAGCUCAACUAGUUGACAAAGCGCGGCAAUAUGCGAAGGUGUACAAAGAUUUUCAAGAAGCAAUCCAAGAACAUGAGUAUCUUCUUACAAAUGUCUGA